GUGCCGAUAAGGCGACUCCAUCCGCAGCGCAGUUAGUCGAAGGGUGCGCUUUGCGCGAGAAAGAUCGUGUGAAAUUUGAGUUAGUUACGCCACACUAAACUCAUUUUGUUAGUUUCCGCUUCAUGAAGGUGUCAAUUGAUAGUCUACGAGCGUGAUCGAGAUGAAAGCGCACAUAUUAUGCAGGCAAUCCGUUUGGCGUUGGAUCCUCAUCGGAUUGUUUUCGAUACAAGUGGGGCUAUGUUUGGUGAAAGAUGGUUACGAGAAUGAAGACCGAAAUAUUCAAACCGCAGACAGCAAUGGUUACGAUGUGGAUAACGCCCUCAUAGGCGACAAAAAAUCGACCUCGAUGAAACCGGCUCAGCGAAGAAAACCUUUUCGCGUGCUUCAAGCCGAGCGGGAUAAAAAGCAUCUCGAUCUCAAUCAAGUUCGAAAGAAACGUUUCAUCGGAGACCUUUUCAAACCCUCGAAAAAAUCCUUUCAAAAUUGUACUACGCCAUCCGGAGCGAAGGGCCACUGCAAGCGUUACCAGGACUGCAGACUCCGGGACACGAAGGAAAAUAUAUGGAAGAUUUUGGGACAAUUAUGCAUCAUAGAGAAUAUCUCUAUCGGAAUCUGCUGCCCGGAUAUUCUGGCGGAUGGAACCGGACCGGAGUUCUCUGCCCGCUUGCCGGCCAUGGCCGACGACUGGUACGAUUCUGUCGAAGGUGACAACGGUAUCGCAUCGAGAGAUGGUCUUGAACGGCCGGAAGAGCGGGGCUGCGGUAUUUCAACCAGACAGAUACCGAAAAUCACCGGUGGUCGUCCAGCGGAUCCGAAAGAAUGGCCAUGGAUGGCUGCUUUGCUUCUGAAUCAGGCCGACCAGUCUUUCUGUGGAGGCGUUCUCAUAACCGAUCGCCACGUAUUGACGGCCGCUCAUUGCGUAGUGAAUCUGAAAAUCCACCAGUUUCUGGUGCGAUUGGGCGAGUAUGACUUUACUCAUUACAACGAAACAAGGUCCAGAGAUUUUCGGGUGACGGAAAUUCGCAGCCAUGUAGAUUUUGAUCCGGUCAGCUACGAGAAUGACAUUGCACUUUUGAAACUGUUCAGACCCUCGUUCUUCAAUUCGUACAUUUGGCCGAUUUGCAUGCCUCCGCUUGACGAUUCUUGGGAUGGCUACCGGGCGGUUGUCGUUGGCUGGGGAACGCAGUUCUUCGGUGGGCCAUUCGCAAAGGUACUGAUGGAAGUAGAUAUGCCGAUUUGGUCGAACAGCGACUGUCAAAAUGUUUACAUCAACCGAAUCUUCGAGACAAGCAUUUGUGCUGGGGACCAUGAGGGAGGGAAAGAUUCGUGCCAAGGUGACAGCGGAGGACCGUUGAUGAUUCAGCUUCCGAACAAACGAUGGGUUACCGUAGGAAUCGUUUCGUGGGGAAUCCGUUGCGGCGAAGCGAAUCAUCCGGGUAUCUAUACCCGAGUUAGCUCCUAUGUUCGGUGGGUUAUCGAAAAUGCUGUGUUUUAAGAGGGCUCUGGGAGCAGAAACGAUUCGACACGUUCCAUGACCGAAGGCAAUAUUAUCGAUUUGAAAAUAAAUUGAAACGUAUUAUAUUAUAUGUAAUUUAAAUUAUUCGGUUUAUUAGUAUGCUAAAGGUACAAAUCGAUAUAGAAGAGUUGAAAAUAAAAUGAUAUUAAGAUAUUAGGGAAGUGGUUGGCAUUUUUAGCAAGAAGGUUAUUGAAGCAAUUAAUUAUCUUAACUAAGGGGAACAAUUUUACAAACAUCAUAAAAAUAGAAGUAUCGUAUACUAGGGGGACGGGGUUUCAUUGCAUUGUGUCUAGACUAAGGGGGUCACGAUUGGUUAUUUUUAUGAGUAUUAGUACAGUAUGGCAUUUUAACGAGAUUAUUGAAUUUAGCAACCAACACUAGAUAAACACAGGGAGGGCUGAUAUGCUUCGAGAAGAUAGGGGGUGGGAGGCUUGUUAAUCAGGGACAGGGCGAUAAUGAUGACAGAGAGAAAAAAUAAUAACUAUCGGUUUCAGGCGAACGAGAGAUAAACAGCAUCGAUUACAGAUUCGGGCGGCCUUUAUCAGAAAACAUCAUGUUGCCGGGUGGUCCUGCUCGAGCCGGAAGUGAAUCCUUCAGACGAUUUCGUAGCGCAGAUACGAAUGUGAUGUACGGUGCGCGUGUGAUAUUUGUGCUGUAGGAACCAAGUUUGCUGACUCAGUCGAUAGAGAUGUUUCGUGUCAGCUUGAAGUCGCAUAAAACCACUUCUGAGAAUGAUAAUAAAAAUAAUAGGGGCAGUUGAAUCUGUAUAUUGAA